AUGCUCCGCCGACAAAAAUCAUAUCACUCCCUGCCCCCUGAAGAACCCUCCAACGCGCCCUCCACCUUCAACGACAAGCUCCCUUUACCAAAACUCAUCGUCUUCGAUCUUGACUACACAUUAUGGCCAUUCUGGGUCGAUACGCAUGUCAGCGCCCCCGUAAAACCCAAAGACAACAAUUCGCGAUGUGUCGAUAAAUGGGGAGAAUCAUUCGCCUUCUACCCCGCCGUCUCCUCAAUCCUUUACAGCGCAAAAUCGCACAACAUCCCCCUGGGCAUCGCUUCCCGAACCCACGCCCCCGAUCUCGCGCGCGACAUGCUCAAAGCCCUCCACGUAAUACCGACCUUCACUGACAACCCCGCCGCCCGGGACACGCGCCGUCGCACCGUUCGCGCUUUGGAUUACUUUGAUUACAUCCAAAUCUUCCCCAGCGAUAAGACGCAACAUUUUACGCGCAUACAUCAAGCGUGCAAUAUACCCUAUGAUCAAAUGUUGUUCUUCGAUGAUGAAGCGAGGAACAGAAAUGUGCAGACGGAGUUGGGGGUUACGUUCUGCUUGAUCAGAGAAGGCAUGACGAAGGAGGAAGUUGACAGAGGGGUGUGGGAAUGGAGGAGGAAUUUCGGCAUUAGGCCGGGGGAUCAGCCGGGUGACUUGGAAGAGAGGGAGGUUAGUCGAUUUGAUGAAUAG